AUGUCUAAACGCCCAAGACACAUUGCUUGCCGCACCUGCCGUGAGCGCAAGAUUCGCUGUGAUGGACAGCAGCCAUGUUCCAGAUGCGCCGGACAGUCGCAGCCCUGUGUUUAUGCGACGCCGUCGAGCUCAGAGGCUGGCACGUCCGAUCUCACCCAGCAGCUCCAGAUGAUGAACGACCGGCUCAGGAGAGCCGAAGCCCAGCUGGCAAACCAGGCAUGCUGGGCCAUUACCGAAGACCCCCUUGCUACGCCAGGCACUUAUUCCUAUAGCAGCUGGCCUACCAAUACUAUUCAGAGCCCCAUUCCUCUCAGCCCAUCUUCCUACAUGGCUCUGCCCAUGGAUAUGGAAUCACCACAGCCAGAAUGGACCCUAGACGCCUUUGCCGGGCUCCCACCUGUCACACAGCCGUCCUCUGGCUCUUCUACUUCCUCGUCUUUCUCUCUGCCUCACUCAAAUUACGAAAAUCGCAUGCUUUCGCCGCAGAACAUGCAGAAGCUCCAAGAAGCCUUUUUUCAGUCACAUAGCCACCUUUUCCCCAUGCUAGACCAGUGGCGGAAUCUCGCCAAUCCGGUGGUGAUCCAGUCGGAGCCAUGGAAGAGCAGUAUUUAUUACGCCAUCUGCACUCAUGGGGCUCUGGUGUCCGGCAACCCUUCUCUCGAGGAGGCUUGCUACCACCGGGCCCGGAGAGAACUCGAGCUAUCAGACAUGGGCGGUCCAGGAAGCCAAUUCUUCAGAAUUGAAACCCUUCAGGCCUCGCUUCUAAUAGCUCUGUAUGAAUUCAGGCGGUCAUAUCUACCUAAGGCAUGGAUCUCGCACGCUAGAUGCACCCGGCUAGUUCAACUGCUGGGCUUGCAGAAACUCGAUCGAGUUGGCGCCCCUGAGGAAGAUGAGCUAGAACUCGAAGAAAAGAGACUCACAUUUUGGGCUACCUAUAUAUUCGAUUGCUUGAUUAAUAUAUCAUUUGGAGGCUCUCUGGCCUUUUCGGAGCGCGAGAUAUCUACUCGGCUUCCUAGAUAUCUUCACCCUAGCUCAGAGAUAUUACCCCCUCAACCGCCAUUCACUCUUAGCCAUAUCCUACAAUCUCCCGACCUAUCCCCAAUGACACCCUAUAUGGCUACCAUCAUCCUCGUUACGACAUGGGCCAAAACUCUCAGGCAUACCCGAGAUGCCGAAAGCCUCGAUCUCGAUGAUCAAAACAGACAUCAGUUCUGGGCCAGCCAUCAAGCCCUUGACGAAACUCUGAACAAAGUAGAGGCCUGUCUUGGAGACCUUACCCAGUUCACACUGCUCGCUGAUCCGACGGUUUCUUUCUUGAAUGCUGCCAGGCAUGCUGCAGCAAUUUCGCUCUAUCAAACAGCCAUCACCGCAGCGGUACCGGCCAGGCUGCCAGUCGCUCUGAUUGAAUCGUGGCAAAUGAGGUGCCAGAACUCAGCCAUGGAGAUAAUAACGCUCUCGGGGGUCAUGCUUGAAGCCAGCUUACUUCAUAAUAUUAAGCAUUUUAACCCCUUCAUUCUUUUAUCCAUAUAUACUGCUUGUGCAUACCUUGCUCGCGUUAUUCGGACUGGAAGCCCUGACUCCAGGAUCUUAGACCCCAUCGAAACCACACUAAGGUCGUUUAAUCGAACUGAAAUAAAGAUAGCCAAUCCGACUCUUGAUGCCUUCCUGCCGCGCAUCUUCAAAGAUAUUGAGGACACACGGGCAUUCCCUGAGCCAAUGAUAGACCCAUCACUUUGGCUAUUGAAUCAAGGGGAAUAA